AGGGGCGUGGCUGAUUUGGGCAGUUCAGCCACGCCUACUAAUUAGACUUCUCGCUACGAGCCCCACCCUCUUUCAUCAAUGGAAGAAGCAGCUGACGAUUCUAAAGAGAGUCAAAUUUUACUGGAAGAAGGAGAAGACGAAGAAAUAGAGCCAAUAACAGAGAGAGAAAACCUAGAAAUGGAGGGCGAAGAAGAGCUCUUACUCAAAUCACGUCAAGAGGAGUGGGGCUGGAAGGGAAAACUAGCCAGGAAGACUUGGCAUCAUGUUAAAUCCAACCUCCUCCUUAUCUUAACAAUAGUCUCAGUCAUACUAGGGACUAUAUUGGGGGUCUCCAUAUCCACAGCUAAUCCGUCAGACCUCACAAAAACCCUGAUAUCCUUCCCUGGCGAACUCUUCCUUCGAUCUCUUAAAAUGCUCAUUCUACCCCUGAUUGUAUUCAGUCUUAUGUCCGGUCUUGGAUCCCUUAAAUUAAAAACUGCAGGUGCACUGGGUCUUCGUACGCUCCUCUAUUAUCUAACGACCACUUGUCUUGCAGUGACCCUUGGUAUUAUAUUGGUGGUCAGUAUCAGACCUGGUAAAGGUCAUGAGAGUGAUGCGGAGUGUACUAACGCUACUUUAGCUGAUGCUGACGCUAAUAAGAUUGAUGUGCUUGAUGCCAUGCUUGACUUAAUGAGAAACAUAAUUCCUGAUAAUUUAUUCCAAGCAACGUUUUCUCAGACCCGCACAGUAUACUCCAGUGUCAUUGAUUACAACGACUGUGCUAACAGCUUAGGAUACAACCAGUCAAAUAUAUCAAACCUCUCAUGCUCUCAACUUGCUGACCUUCUUGAGGGAGAGAACUGCCAAUUAAAGAAAGUCUCCUCUCUCACUCAUCAAGAAGGAAUGAAUAUACUUGGUAUCAUUACCUUCACCAUUGCCUUCUCUAUUGUCCUCUCUACUCUUGGCUCGGAGGCCGAGGGUUUUCUGAAAGUCAUCACUGUUCUUAAUGAUGCCGUUAUGAAGCUCAUUACUCUUAUCAUGUGGACAUCACCGGUUGGCAUAGCCUCCAUUAUAGCAGGGAAGCUCCUUGAGGUUGACAGUCUCAGAGUCCUAGUAGAGCAGCUCGGUCUCUACAUGGUCUGUGUCAUUACUGGCCUACUCAUUCACUCCUGUAUUGUCCUCCCCCUAUUGUAUACUGUCCUCACCUUCUCUAAUCCUUUGAAACUUGUCAGAGGUUGUUUACAAGCCUUGUUGGUUGCUUUUGGAACAUCUUCUAGGUAAGGAUCAUAUAUGACAAUACAAUAAUAAUAUUAAUAUAUAA